AUGGAAAAUUUCAUUUUACAUCAUUGGGAUAAUCAAACAAAUACAGUCGCGAGGUUAAGGACCUGUUUGCUUGCCAACUGCGUUGUUAAUGCUAUCGGUCUGUUUAUUGCAAGUUUUGGAAACGCCGUCAUCCUUCUUUCUAUUUGGCGGACCAAGUCUCUGCAUUCACCGUCCAACACUUUGUUGUUCGCUCUUUCAUUAACUGAUUUAUUAGUUGGAACCGUGACACAACCACUGUACAUUAUAACACGGGUGUACUUUCUUGUCACCGGCAAAGAUGGGCCACUGGCUCUGAUGUCUGCUUUUGAUGUCAUUUCAGGCAGUCUGUCGGGAGUGUCAUUUAUCACCGCAACUUUAAUUAGCGUGGACAGGUACCUUGUACUUUUAUUACACUUGAGAUAUAGAUGCCUGGUAACAAACAGAAGAAUUUGUGUGUUUAUCCUCGGCUCUUGGUUGUUGUCAGGGACAUGGGGAUUCAUCUGGACGCAAGACAUUCGAUUAUUUUACUUUCUUGGGUUUGGUUCCUCAACGACAUGUUUCUCUAUCAUACUUUUAAUGUAUUACAAGAUUUAUCAAGUAAUCAGACGACAUCGUCGACAAAUCAACAAUCAAGAAAACCUCAAACAAAGUUCUCACUCAAUUGCCAGCAGAAUCAGCUUUCCGAGUUACACUAGAUCGGUGGUAAAUACGUUCAUUGUUUGUGUCCUUCUCUUUCUCUGUUAUUUCCCUUAUCUUUGUACAGCAGCUGUCAUACAACUUGGUGGACUCAGUACGGCCAAGAAGAUAUCUUUGGAAGUUUCUGGAACGAUAAUCUUCGUAAAUUCUUCUCUGAACCCGUUCGUAUAUUUUUGGCGAGUAAAAGAGUUUCGAAGUGCUAUUAAAAGUACCCUGCGGCGAUUGACAAACACUCGGAUGCAACCACCUAGUAGUUAA